UGCGCUCAUUGAUCGCCUGAGAGAGAGAGAGAGAGAGAGAGAGAGAGGGAGAGAGAGAGAGAGAGAGAGAGAGCGCGAGAGAGCGAGAGAGAGAGAGAUCCGCUACGUUCGGUGCUCGGCGCCGCAAAGAGAGAAGACACUUACCAGGGAUUGCCUUAAGAGUUUGAUUCCAGUUCGGAACACCCCCUCCCCCCCGGUCCUGCGCUGCUGUCGGACUGGAAUCUCUCUGAUCUACUGCUGCUGAAUCAUCAACCAGCUUGGACAUGGCCAAAAAGACGAUGGAUAGCAUAAAGCAGAGUGGGAUGGUGGCACUCAUACUGCUGUGUAAUCUAACAAAGACUUUUGUGAAGGCGAGCAUGGACGUGAAUGAGACCCAGCAGCAGCAUCCAACCCACGUCUACCAUGAGAUGGGACUCACCAGAAACAAGAUAGUUACAGCACAGUUUGAGUGCUAUCAAAAGAUAAUGAAGGACGAUACCCAGGACAGACAAGAGCCCAUGUGUAAUCGCACUUGGGAUGGCUGGCUGUGUUGGGAAGACACUAAGGCAGGUGUGAACUCGGAGCAGCACUGCCCUGACUACUUCCAGGAUUUUGAUCCUUCAGAGAUGGUCACGAAAAUUUGCAGCGAUAGCGGCCAUUGGUUCAUGCAUCCAGAGAGCAACCGAACAUGGACCAACUACACCCGCUGCAAUAAACACACCAAUGAAAGCAGAGUGACUGCAAUGAAUCUUUUCUACUUAGCUCUCAUAGGACACGGCCUGUCACUGACCUCCCUCUUUGUCUCCCUCGGGAUAUUCUUCCAUUUUAAGAGUUUAAGUUGCCAGAGGAUCACACUUCACAAAAAUCUUUUCUUCUCUUUUGUUCUGAACUCUGUGAUCACCAUCAUUUGGUUGACUGCAGUUGCAAACAACCAGGAACUGGUGCAGAGAAAUCCAACGAGUUGUAAAGUGUCCCAGUUCAUUCAUCUGUACCUCUUUGGCUGCAAUUACUUCUGGAUGCUGUGUGAGGGAAUAUACCUGCACACUCUCAUCGUGGUGGCUGUGUUUGCGGAGAAGCAGCACCUGAUGUGGUACUAUCUUUUAGGCUGGGGCUUUCCUCUCAUUCCUGCCUCCAUACAUGCUGCUGCUCGGAGUUACUACUACAAUGACAACUGUUGGAUUAGCUCCAAAACAUCUCUACUCUACAUCAUCCACGGUCCCAUCUGUGCUGCCCUUUUGGUCAAUCUGUUCUUUUUGCUAAACAUUGUUCGAGUGCUCAUCACCAAACUGAAGGUGACCCACCAAGCCGAGUCCAGUCUCUACAUGAAAGCCGUGAGAGCCACCCUCAUUCUGGUGCCUCUUCUGGGAAUUCAGUACGUCCUGCUUCCCUAUAAGCCAGAGGGACGGGUCUCGUCGGAAAUAUACGACUACAUCAUGCACAUUCUAAUGCAUUACCAGGGUCUGCUGGUGGCCACCAUCUUCUGCUUUUUCAACGGAGAAGUCCAAGCGGUUCUGAGGAGACACUGGAACCAGUAUCAGAUCCAGUUUGGCAACAGCGGGGUAAACCACUCGGAUGUGCUGCGUUCAGCUUCCUACACGGCGUCCUCCGUCACAGAGGUACAGGGCUGCUACACCAUCGACAGCCACACAGAACACAUGAACGGCAAAGGCUGCCAUGACGCCGACGCCUCUAUCCUAAAGUCAGACAGCCCCUUCGCCUGAACACAACACUCUGCCCAAGCCCUGCCCGCCAAUCCCCCCCUUUAAAACUGCAGCAGGUUGAAAGUGCCGCGUGAGCCAGGGGAACUCACCUUUUUCUUUUUGAUACGUCGGAAGCACUGAGCGUGGAAAAGGAUGGUGUACCCAGGCUCUCACCCAACUGAAGGAAAUUGUCCCAGCGACACACCCUUUAACAGUAGCUGUACAGCGAACUCAAUUCAACGGUUCCUGUGCUGUGUUUUGUCUACAAUUUCACACUGAACUGCUUUACUUGACCUAAGAUGCAUUCUGAUAUACAAACUAGUGUUGUGACCUUUCUGCCUGACAAAAAUAGUUUUGAGAUGGCUGAAUAUUAACGGUUAAUAAACCGCUUUGACUGUCCUUUUGGGGCACAAAAAGCUUUUCGGUUACACUGUAAAUUCUGUUGACAUAGUCAGUGCCAAACCAAGAAGUCCUUGCCUGCCUCAUUUAUAACAUUUUUUUAUUUUCAAUACAGUAUCGGAACGAAGAUGCAUACAUGCGAACAGGUGCAUAAUAAUAUAGUCAAGCUAUAUUAUCUCCUACAAAUGUUAAACUUAAUUUAUCCAAACGUAUUCUUGUUUAUUAAAUGAAAAUGAAAUAAAUACCAUACAGUAUUUAUUGAAAGUUGACAUGCAUUUUUUCAAAAUUGUUGCCAGCUUCAUGUAAACAUUCAGUAUAUUCCUAAAUUGUUUCAGUGUUUGUUUCAUUGUGUGUGGUUAAUGAAGAUGAUUUAGAGAAUACCAUUAACUUGCAAGCUGCAUUUCUUUUUAGAGAUGUCAUUAUGGUAAUGUUUGAGUGUGUGUGAUCAUUAGUGACCUGUGCAUCCUGUUAAUGACAUAGUAGGCCGUAAUGUAACAUGUUAACACAAUCUUAUCACGAGAACCCAUCUUGCGAUCAUACAGUAUGUACUCCAAUACCAACUAAUACAAUCUAAUGUAACGGGGAAGAUGGAAGACCUGGCUCUGAACAUUUAUGUGUGUAAUAUUCCAUUCACUGCUGUCUUUAGCCUUACUCCUCUGGGAUGACUUAAAUAUAACCUCUAUAUCAGGAUUA